CCAAGUUAACAAACUCAACCCUCACACGUAUUUUAAACACAACUUCACUUUUCACUUUCACUAUCAUACCAUCAUCAAUUCACCCCAACAAUGGCGGAAUUCUUCACAGAAAUCCAACUCCCUCAACAAAAACACUACAACAAUCACUCAAUCCAUUUCCCUCUAAUUCUAUCUCCAACUUUCAAUUUCUCCUUUAUCGACGCCAUUAAAUCCCACAAAAAAUGGCUCGAUUCCCGCCUUCAUUCCGCCGGCGCUAUCCUAUUCCGUGAUUUUCCGGUGUCAACCGCCGCCGACUUCAACGACGUCGUUGAGGCUUUUGGAUAUGAGGAAUUCCCUUAUGUCGGUGGCGCUGCUCCUCGGAGUAGCGUUGUUGGCCGUGUUUUUACCGCUAAUGAAUCUCCCUCUGAUCAGAAAAUCCCUUUUCAUCAUGAAAUGGCUCAGGUUCCUGAGUUUCCGUCGAAAUUGUUUUUCUAUUGUGAAGUUGAGCCAAAGACUGGAGGAGAAACUCCUAUUGUUCUUAGCCAUAUCAUAUAUGAAAGGAUGAAAGAAAAACACCCGGAAUUUGUUCAGGAACUCGAAGAGCAUGGACUGAUGUAUAUUCGGGUGUUGGGUGAAGGGGAUAAUCCCGCGUCUCCUAUUGGUCGUGGGUGGAAAUCUACAUUCUUGACAGAUGAUAAGAGUGUUGCUGAGAAAAGGGCUGCUAAGUUAGGAAUGAAGCUGGAAUGGUUGGAGGAUGGAGUAAAAACAAUAAUGGGCCCUAUCCCAGCUAUUAAAUACAAUGAAAGUAGGCAACGCAAGGUCUGGUUCAACAGCAUGGUAGCUGCUUAUACAGGUUGGGAAGAUGACCGAAAUGAUCCUGUCAAGGCAGUUACCUUUGGUGAUGGAAGACCAUUGCCUGCAGAAGUUGUAUAUGACUGUCUGAAAAUUCUUGAAGAGGAAAGUGUUGCUAUUCCAUGGAAGAAGGGAGACGUCCUUCUAAUUGAUAACUGGGCUGUACUUCAUUCUCGUAGAUCUUUUGAUCCACCACGCCGUGUGUUAGCUUCUCUUUGCAAGUAGGCAGUAAGUUUCUCUUGUUUACUGCUUUGCAUCUGUAAAAUAUAUAUUUUUCCACUUAUGCUACAAAUGAUGUAUGUUAAACUGCUGUUAGUUAGAUGGAAUAACAAAGCAAAAGAAUGUGUAUAUAUUUGAUAAUAAUGCUGCAAAACUUUCACUAGUGUAGCACAGCAUAGUAUGUGGGAAAUAUAGUGCACUUAUUUUCCGGACAUCUUCUGUGGCUUUGUCAAUUAUUGGCAAUGUGUAUGCCUUAGUAACUUUCUGUCAACCAUUAUAGACUA